AUGGCUGAAGAAGAAAGAUUGACUGGUUCCUCCUCUUCCGGCCCGAGCCCGGACCCGUGCUCUAUAUGCCUCUCCCCAACGACUCAAGAAUCGUUUUUGGAUCAGUGUUUCCAUAAAUUUUGCUAUCACUGCAUAGUCAAAUGGAUCAAUAUAGUUGCACGUGUGCAGUCUUGUACAUCUUCAACAAUGACUUGUCCUUUGUGCAAGCGGCAUUAUGUUGGCAAGAGUUUGGAAAAUAGUGAAUUCUUUUCAGAAGCUCACAGAUAUAGGCUGAAAUGCUACUACACUGACUCAGGUGAUAUUGCUGAAAAAUUCCAGGUUUCACUUUACUGGAAAUUUCGUAAGUAUCUACGGCAAAAUCAUUUCCUGGCUGACUGGUUGAGAAGGGAAAUUCAGGCUGUAAUGCAGGUAUUCAUUCUUACAUGA